GAUGCUGUGCUUCCUCUUCUCUGGAGGGGUGUUUAGGUGUUCUUUCCACUAGCGAGAUCGAUCUUCCGGUUCUAGGGGGGAUUUUCCACUGCCAGCAUCGCCAUGGUGGGCUACGCGCUGGAAUCGGCGCCUCGGAAGCCCGUCUGGCUCGAGGCAUUGCUGAGCGAGAAAUUCUUCGGCUGCUGCUCGACGCACGCGACAGUGAAAAAGAACGAGCGGAAUAUCUUCUGCGUGGAUUGCAAUGGCAGCAUUUGCCAGCACUGCCUGAGCAGUCACAGCGGCCAUCGGCUCGUCCAGGUCCGGAGAUAUGUGUAUCACGAUGUGAUCCGGCUCCAUGACAUGCAAAAACUGGUGGAUUGCUCGCAAGUCCAGACAUACAUUAUCAACAGCGCAAGAGUAGUGUUCCUGAAUCAAAGGCCUCAGCCAAGGCCCUCCAAAGGACUUUCGAAUUCUUGCGACACUUGCGAGAGGAGCUUGCAAGAGUCAUACCGAUACUGCUCAAUUGCCUGCAAGGUUGAUGCCGUGGGUAACAACCAAGUGGAGUUAGAUUCUCUUGUACCUCGUCGGGUGGCCUCCUCUUCAUCGACGGAUGGCGGAUUCAGUUCCUCUCCGGAAGAUGAAACACUCAAGGUGGACAAACUGGAACUCGACGACGAAUUGUCGCCAAACUCGGACGAUUGCCAGUCGCAGGCAUCGUCAGGCUGCAGCGGGAACAAGAACGAGGCACAGUGCGACGAUCACAUCGUUACCUCGGUGAUGAUGAUCCCACCACCGAAGCGGAUUCGCAGCAAUCGAUAUCCAGGGCAGUGCUCGCCAAAGUCGGUCAUCAUCCCGCAUUGCUCCAGCAGGAGGAAGAGCACACCGCAUCGGUCUCCGAUCUUUUAGAGCUCCAGGAGGGAAGAAGAAGAGGAAGAAGAGGAACUUAGCAAGAAGAAUUCGAGCAGCAAGACAAGACGAGCGAGGAAGAAGACGACGAAGAAAAGAAGGCGUCAGAGGUCGGGAAAGCUUUUUCUUUUUCUUUCUCCAUGCUUUCUUAUCAAAUCCUUGUUAACUUGUGGCGCAAGCGUUCCUAGAUUUGGGAGUUUUGUAAGCGGUCAGAGGCCUCCCUACCUCUCUCGUCGUCUCGUCGCGUCCUCGCCUGCGAGAUAACAAAAAUUGAAGAAGGCCGCCGCGGACGUUUCACAAAGGUGGCUGGGCUUUGGACUUGGUCGACAAAGUUGGGCCUCGCCUCUCCUUUUCUAGAAUGCGGGUAAGGGGCUUUAAUUUAUUUCUUUUUAACUCGGUGGAGAGCUACGACUGCUAGUGCUGCUGCCAGAGAAGAGAUUGAGGCAAUCAAAGCAAGCAAGCAAGCGAUCAGAAAGAAUUAAAGAGGCCCCGCGCCAAUCAGGAACUUUGGAAGAUUUUGCGCGAGAGCUUCUUUGUCGCCGCUCGUGAGAGAUUUCCAGGGAAGAAAAUUCAGCUCCAGCAGCGCGGAUUUAAGCGCGCAGCGUCGCGGCCAUUAAAAUCGCCCCGCUAUUGGCGAUCUUUCCCCGGCUUCCCUGUUUCUAUUCCAGAUUUUUUUGUUUUUUCUCUCCUGGGCGUUGAAGUUGGAGAGACCUGUAACGCAUUUCGCGCACCACAAAACUUUGUAUAAAGGGGAAAAGAAAAUUGGUUUUUUCUUAAA